GUGAUCCAGGCGAAUUCGCUUCUUGCUCUCAGUCCAGGCAACAUCGUUUGAGAAGAAUAUAAAGUAACCAUUACUAAACGAGAAGUCGGUUUGUUGUGUUUAUGCGUCUCAUAGUGUUGCACUUGGUUGGUGGAGUGUCUCACAGUCUUUUCUAUACUUCCGGUCUCUAUCGCAACCUGCUUUCUUCUAUUUGAUCUAGCUAUGUGCGUAACGUAAGGAGGAAGAAAAAUCGGAAAUAAGUGCUUGAGUACUUGAUAGUAUAUUGCACACGGCAAGGUGUUUAAUUUCAUUCGUUUAAUAAAAGUGCUACCAGACAGAAGAUUAAGUGAAGUUUUACCAUGACAAGCUAGGAAUAGUAAUUGCAAUAAUAAUAAAAAGUGAGUGAAUUAGUGCAAAAGGCGGAAAACAUAUGUGGUCGGGGUCAACUUUGCGCUCGAGCAGCCUGUAAUAAGUUCUACUGUACACGUUUCCCCACAUCUCUGUUCUGCUAACUAAAUGAAAAUGUCUGACUUUGAACGAAUACGACUGGUGAUCCUUGGCGGUGCCGGUGUGGGAAAAAGUUGCAUUAUAAAACGUUUCCUCUUCAAAACGUAUUCAGACAAAUACAGACCUACUGUGGAGGAUUUGUACAAUCGAGAAUACGACCUGGGAGCGGUGACGUUAAAGGUUGACAUACUUGACACAUCUGGGGAGAUGCAAUUUCCGGCAAUGCGAAGACUAUCGAUUGCCACCGCCCACGCUUUCCUGUUGGUUUACGCGAGUACUUCCGAGCUGAGUCUGGGAUGUGUGAAGCAGUGCUUUGAAGAAAUCCGAGAACAACGAGCCGACUUCCAAGACAUCCCAAUGGUGAUUGUUGGCAACAAAAGCGAUCUCAGCAGCACACAUCGAGAGGUACGCAUCGAAGACGUAUCGGAGUGGGUGUUUUGUGAACUGCCAAAGUUGAAAGUAAAGGUGAUGGAAUGCUCAGCAAAGGACGACGUAAAUAUAACUGACAUUUUCAGAACAUUCCUAUCGUUGUCCCGCAUCAUUCCGGCCAAUGGAAAUACAGACUCAACAUCAGGGUUGAAAAGGCGUUCGUCUGCUUAUGUUAGUGCCAGUAGUAAAGCUAAGUCUAGACUCGGAAGUCCGUCCAUUGGUUGUGAGAAAACUAAGGAAACGUCUUAUUUGGCAGCCGGCAGCAGUGAACCUUCAACAAGUGACCCCAAGUCCAAACCAAGAUCAAGAUCCUUAAUCCGAAGAUCGUCCAGGAAAACCAAACAACAGAUACAGAAUGCAUCUGGUACGGAAGACUGCAAUAUACAGUAAUUGAAUUGCCAGGCGUUUCUGCAGUCGGAUACCUACAUUCAUUCCAUUUCACAGAACCAUGCAGAUGAACAAAGCGGAUUAACACAUAGUCGAAUAGAUGCAUUAGUUUGAUUCAGCACUUUCAGUUUGUCUUUGUUGUUGUUUGAUAAUCAAAACUGAAUUUUAUGGAGAUUAUUGCAAAACAUUCAAUAAUCGAUGCGAAGUGAAUUGUGAUCCAUGAUACUAAAUUAUAUUAAUUAAUAAUACAAAGAUUAAAAAUCCUACAAGGGAUUUGCCAAAAAAAAACAACGUAGCUUACUUACUAAACAUAAAAAAACGAAACGAUGUGUAAACGUGAACGAUGGAGAGGCAGCGCAUAUUACAAAGUGGACCUAUCGAAGCAGGACAUUUUUUACACAUGGCACCCGAGCUUUAAAAAAAUGAGCAUUGCAUAUG